GUGGGAGGACAGAAGGACAGACCGCAGGGCGACAGACAGAGGAAGCACCAGCCACACUCUGAGUUUAUAUACUUUUCACUAAAUAUAAACUGAAAAUAUUAAACAAAGAUGAACGAGACGGAGCUUCGCCUGCCGCUGUCCGAGUACAGCUUCGAGCGGCGCUUUGACGAGCGAGGAGCCAUAGAGUGGAUGCAAGCUAACUGGAGUAAGUCCUUCGUGUUCAGCGCGCUGUACGCCGCCCUGGUGUUCGGAGGGCAGCACUACAUGAAGCCGCGGCCCAAAAUGAACCUGCGGCGGCCGCUGGUCCUCUGGUCGCUCAGCCUCGCUCUCUUCAGCAUCAUCGGGGCGGUCCGGACCGGUUCCUACAUGUUCCACGUCCUGAGCAGCAGCGGCUUCAGACAGUCCAUCUGCGACCAGAGCUUCUACAACGGACCGGUCAGCAAGUUCUGGGCCUACGCCUUCGUGCUGAGCAAAGCUCCAGAGCUCGGCGACACAGCGUUCGUGGUUCUGCGGAAGCAGAAGCUGCUGUUCCUGCACUGGUACCACCACAUCACGGUGCUGCUGUACUCCUGGUACUCGUACAAAGACAUGGUGGCCGGCGGCGGCUGGUUCAUGACCAUGAACUUCUCCGUGCACGCGCUGAUGUACAGCUACUACGCGGCGCGCGCCGCUGGGCUACGUGUGCCGCGGCCGCUGGCCGUGCUGAUCACCAGCGCUCAGAUCGGGCAGAUGUUCAUGGGGCUAACGGUUAGUGGGCUGGUGUACCGCUGGAUGCCGCACGGAGACUGCCCGUCCCACAUGGACAACAUCACCUGGGCCUCGCUCAUGUACCUCAGCUACCUGCUGCUCUUCUCCAACUUCUUCUACCACACGUACCUGCGGCGACCGCGCCAAGACGCCAGCGCUAACGGCAACGCCAAGACCUGCAAGGCUGAGUAGAGAGACGAGCCAAUACACUGGACCCUUUUCACAUUUUAUGUCCAAAGUUUUUAAAGGCUUAAAUCGGCAGAAUCACUUCUAACGUCUUCAGGCUCUGACACAUCUGACCCACCGGACCACUUUACGUCCAACGUUUACAACUUAAUUCUGACUAUUUUACAUCCGUAGAAUCCCAAGAAUUAAGCCAGUUUUUCCCAGAACAUCUUCAGAAAAUCAUGUUUCAGAUCUGCAGGCUGCACAAAGUUAGUUUCUCCACGUUUUCAGAGACUGGUGGUUUUACGUCGGACACAUCCGACCCACCGGACCACUUUACGUCCAACGUUUACAACUUAAUUCUGACUAUUUUACAUCCGUAGAAACCCAAGAAUUAAGCCCGUUUCUCCCAGAACAUCUUCAGGAAUCUCGUGUUUUCCUUCACCCGUUUAGUUUUCUGACUGACUGUUAAACGUCCUGCGAGAGAGAGACAGGUGUAGAUCUGUCUCGGAGAGUCUCCAUGACCUUGUAUUUUUCCCUCCAAGUUGGAGAGCUCCUUUUCAAGAAGGCUCUUAAUCUCCAGACGCUUUCUCCCAAAAAACACACGUUACACCAGCGUUUAACAACCUAACAACAAGGACGUUUUUUUUACGUCGGCAGAAUCACAAGAAUGAAGCCAGUUUCUCCCAGAACAUCUUCAGAAAGCACGCGUUUGUUUCUUUGAUAUUUUAUGUGAGUAGACACACAUCUGACCUACUUUUUGGGCUUUUGUCGUUGACGUUUAAAAACUUAAUUCUGACUAUUUUACAUCCAUAGAAUCAUAAAAAUGAAGCCAGUUUGUCCCAGAACUUCUUCAGGAAUCAUGUUUGUUUCUUUGACGAUUUAAUGUCCUGCAAGAAAAACAUGUCCCACUUUAGCUGGGACGGAGACUUUAUCUGGGACGGAGACUUUAGCUGGGACGGAGACUUUAUCUGGGACGGAGACUUUAUCUGGGACGGAGACUUUAGCUGGACGGAGACUUUAGCUGGGCGGAGACUUUAGCUGGGCGGAGACUUUAGCUGGGCGGAGACUUUAGCUGGACGGAGACGGAGACUUUAGCUGGGACGGAGACUUUAGCUGGACGGAGACUUUAGCUGGACGGAGACGGAGACUUUAGCUGGGCCGAGACUUUAGCUGGACGGAGACUUUAGCUGGACGGAGACUUUAGCUGGACGGAGACGGAGACUUUAGCUGGACGGAGACUUUAGCUGGACGGAGACGGAGACUUUAGCUGGGCCGAGACUUUAGCUGGACGGAGACGGAGACUUUAGCUGGGCCGAGACUUUAGCUGGACGGAGACGGAGACUUUAGCUGGGCCGAGACUUUAGCUGGACGGAGACGGAGACUUUAGCUGGACGGAGACUUUAGCUGGGCUGAGACUUUAGCUGGACGGAGACGAAGACUUUAGCUGGACGGAGACGGAGACUUUAGCUGGACGGAGACUUUAGCUGGACGGAGACUUUAGCUGGACGGAGACUUUAGCUGGACGGAGACUUUACCUGGACCGAGAAUGGACCGAGACUUUACCUGGACCCAGACUUUAUCUGACUUGCUGGACUGGAGGUUUUCACAUUUUGUUGAACAUUGUUCUGACGUUUUUACAAGAAUUCAUCUCCAACAUCUUCAGGAUCUGCAGGCUGCACAAAGUUUGUGUCUUCACGUUUAACGUCCUGCAAGAAAGAACACGUCACACUUUGUGUCCUUUUUAACUUCCUACAUUUAUUUUUUUAAAACCAAGCACUAAUUUUUAUUCAUAUAGAAAUAUGCAUUUUUAAAUACAACAAACGGAAUCAUUUCUCAUCCUGACGGUCUGGAACUGUUAGAAAAUCUGCAGAUUUUAGUCCAAUAAUUAACCUUCUGUUGACGUUUCCUCUGAGAAAAGUUUUGGCACCGCACCCGGCCGCAGAAACCUGCCGCUCCUCCUAAACCACUCGUACUGGUUUCACUGGUCCACACACACACACACACACACACACACACACACACACACACACACACACCUACCUCCCUCCCUCCCAGUCCCAUCUGCCAGCAGCCAAUCACAGUCCAGCUGUCUGAGUCACAGUUACAGCUGACUCUCCUCGCUCGUGUUCAGAGUUUAGAAAUGAAUGUCUCCGAGUUUAACAAAGUUCAGCUUCUGUCAACACGCUGCCUCCUUUUUCAUUAUGGGAUGUUAAUCUGCUCCACAGUUAGACCAGAGAAACCAGGGAGUCUCAAACCCCAAAUAUUCAGUUUAAUAAGAUGUAUAAACGCACAAACCGUCCGCUGGAUGAAUGACGAUUAAUCAGUGAGCUGUUAAAUUUACAAAACUAAGCAACUAAUCGUUACAGCUUGACACUCGCCGCUGACUUUACUCGCCGCUGACUGUACUCGCCAAUAACUGAACAGAAGAGUAAUCUGCGUUUUCGGUUUGUCUAACGUGAGAAGUUUUUGUCAAACUAGUUUACACUGUGUUCUGUUUCUGGGUUUUUCCAUCAACGUUUCCAGCUGAGAAACAAAAGGGAAAUCUAUGUAUUAUUUCAUCAAUCUAUUCUAGAUCUAUGUCUUAUUUAGUCUAUCUAUUCUAGAUCUAUGUCUUAUUAUUUAGUAUUUAUUUGACGUAUGAUGGCAGCCAAUCCGUGGCUGGAGAAGUCCACUGGUGUUCCACUCCACUGAGUGUCUUCUACUUUAUUAAUAUCACUCAUCAUUCAGCUUACAUGCUGUUAUUUAUCAUUUUGUACCGUUUAUAUUUUUGAGAGUUUGACUUGUUUACUAAAAGCUGUUGCUAGGAAACGUCUUCCUCACAUGCCAACCUGUCUUAUGUGUCCAUUAUUAUAAUUAUUAUAACUUAUUGUAAUUAUUAUGACGUGUGUGAUUGUGAAAGGAGACGUUCAGCAGGAAGAAGCUGUUUGAUAACGAGCCAAAUGAAAGCUGACGAUGAUUUUCCGUAUGAACACACGAACGUAAACACACUCUUCAGCUUUUAAACAUUUUAUUUAUUGUUUGAGAAAUAUAAUAAAGAAGCUGUUUAUACAA